UUUGAAAGCUCUCAUUUUAUUUCCUGUAUAUAUUCAUCAGGCAUCAUGCCUUUGCCUGAGUUUGUGUUUUCCAGACACAAUAAUUGGUCAUCAAGCCCCACGCCGGCUCACCAAAAGCUACGGCUGCUAUGACUAUGAAAGUAGGGAACACUCAACGCCAAAGUCAGCUCCACCAGACCAUUCCUUAAGCUACGAGGCUACGGCUAUGGGUGCGCGCUGACGGAGUGUUCAACUUCAACUCGCACUUUGCAGUUGCAGCGCCAUCCGUAUGCCGCAGGAGCCGCCACGCAGUCACGAUCGAGUUGCUUGCCCACGUCGUUGCCUUCAAUUAGUAGCUGUUUUGCUCGUUCGAGCGGCCCAGAGAAAAAGUUCGUGCCGUCGUGACAACUGAUUUCACUCGAAAAGGAGAGAGGAUCCAGUUCCAUUUCUUUGCCCAAAACCAUCGUCCACCCGCGUCGAGUCGAGUCGAUCGGAGAGACAGCACAGAGAGAGAGAGAGGUGUAGUAUAGUAGUAUGUUCCGGGAGGAGCAGCUGGACCUGGUGCUGGUGCCGCUGGCCCUGGCGGCGGUGGGCGGCUACCACCUGUGGCUCCUCUGGGCGAUCCUGCGCCACCCCACCCGAACCGUCAUCGGCCUCAACGCCAUCGCACGCAAGCGCUGGGUCGCCGCCAUGAUGGCCAACACGGAGAAGAACGGCGUGCUCGCGGUGCAGACGCUGCGGAACAACAUCAUGGCGUCGACGGUGCUGGCGACCACGGCCAUCACGCUGGUCUCCGUCAUCAGCGUCUUCGUCGGCGUCACGUCUCCAGCCUCGCCGUCCUCCAAGGCGCCGCGGCUGGUGUACGGGAGCAAGGCCGGGGAGGUGUUCGCGGCCAAGUACCUGGCCGUGUCGCUCUGCUUCAUGCUCGCCUUCGUCUGCAACGUGCAGGCCAUCCGGCUGUACGCGCACGCCAGCUUCCUCCUGGGCGGCCUGCCGCCGGGGCUCGGCGGCGACGGCGACGAGGCGGAGGCGCAGGCGCGCGGGGAGGAGUUCGCGUGCUACGUGGCGCGGACGGUGAACCGCGGCAGCUACGCCUGGUCGCUCGGCCUGCGCGCCUUCUACGUCUCCCUCGCGCUCUUCCUCUGGACGUUCGGACCCAUACCGAUGCUGGCCUGCAGCGUCCUCAUGUGCGGCCUGCUCUACUUCCUCGACACCACCAGCAGCGGCGACCACGGCCACGUGCACGGCCAGCAAGGGACUGCCGGCGCCGGCGCCCGAAAGGAUAGCACAGUCUGAUCUCAGUCUUCUACUAGAAUGUCAUCAGUAAUUAAAAUGAGUUUUUUAUGGUACUCUGAAAUGACGAUGAGCCGUCUAUUUGAUUACGUCUGGAUGUUUAUAAUCACCUAGUAUCUUAUAGAAAAAUAAUAUA